UUAAGAGGAUGGCCUAUGAAGUGAGCCAAAGGUGAGCCUUGGCCCUCCCACUGAACAGGUGUGUGCUUUUGAGUAAGUUGUAGACUUCUAGGUACUGCCGUUUUUGUUUUGUUUUGUUUUUAAUCUGAGAGGCCGCAUAACCUAGCUAGCGGGCUCUUUGCAGGGAUUCAUUCCACACGGGUCUUGCCAGACACUGGGCUGGGUGUUGGAAGAUGAGCAUUCGACGCGCCAGGCGGGGACUCUGUCCUCACAGAGCUUGCAGCCAGUGGGGUCGGACGAUGUGGCUGGGUGGGGCGUCUCUCUGCCCGACUCCUGACACAUGGGCCAGCACUGCAGGUCCGGGGCGCGGGGACGUCGCCCGCAGAACGCGCCUCGUGUCGCCGCCAGUCCAGUGCAUAACCCAGGAAGGGCAGGCACGUCGGGGAAGAAUCCCGAAGGUGGCCGGCUCCAGUCCAAGCGCUGGGCUUUGACGCCUGGAGCCGGGGAGUAAAGUAUUUGGACCGCGCAUGCGCGAUGCUCUUGCCCUGUCCCGCCUCUCGAUCGCGGAUUGGUGAGCGCGGGUCACGUGGGCGCACCUCCCGAUUCCUCGCCGCCGGAGGCUGGCCCAUUGGCUCAUUUCCGGUCCGGUGGGUCCAAGAUGACGGAGUCGGGCGCCUCUCCGGAGGACCCCUGGGUCAAGGUGGAAUAUGCCUACAGCGACAACAGCCUGGACCCCGAUGACGAGGACAGUGAUUACCACCAGGAGGCCUACAAGGAGUCCUACAAAGACCGGCGGCGGCGCGCACACACUCAGGCUGAGCAGAAGAGGAGGGACGCCAUCAAGAGAGGCUAUGAUGACCUUCAGACCAUCGUCCCCACUUGCCAGCAGCAGGACUUCUCCAUUGGCUCCCAAAAGCUCAGCAAAGCCAUCGUUCUGCAAAAGAGUAUGGCAAGGGAAAGCCCUGGAGGGGUUGGAGCCAAGAGGGGCUGUGAAGAGGCCAGCGCCUCCUACCCUCCCAUGUCCUGGCCCUGGUGUGGUGGUUGCCAAGGGAUAGUUGGGGUCUGGGGAAGCGGAACAAAGUCAGCCUUGUCUUCCUGGUUGAGAUUACUUCUGUGUCUCCCCUCUUUUCCUGCCCCCACCCUAGCCAUUGACUACAUUCAGUUUUUGCACAAGGAGAAGAAAAAGCAGGAGGAGGAGGUGUCCACAUUACGCAAGGAUGUCACGGCCCUAAAGAUCAUGAAAGUGAACUAUGAGCAGAUUGUGAAGGCACACCAGGACAACCCCCAUGAAGGGGAAGACCAGGUCUCUGACCAGGUCAAGUUCAACGUGUUUCAAGGCAUCAUGGACUCCUUGUUCCAGUCCUUCAAUGCCUCCAUCUCGGUGACCAGCUUCCAGGAGCUGUCGGCCUGUGUCUUCAGCUGGAUUGAGGAGCACUGUAAGCCUCAGACCCUGCGGGAGAUUGUGAUUGGCGUCCUGCACCAAUUGAAAAACCAGCUUUACUGACCGGUUCUUGGAAACCUGCAGAACAGCCAAGAGGCCUGUGAAUCUCUACUUGGCCACUUAACUGCUGGGCCCAUGAGAUUGGACUACAGCACCUUACACUGGUCAGCUGGUUUCUACUUGGUGUUUGGUUUUUCCCAUCCCCAUUUUAUCUUCAGCAGAGCUGGGGUGUUUGUUUUGUGAAAGUUUCUGAUUAAUUUAUUAUAUUGACGAUAAAACUCAAACCUACCCAGCCUUCCCCCGCAUCCCCCACUCCUGCCCAUGGAAGUCCUUGGUGGGCAUCUACUCUGGACACCCCAAAGAGCUCCUGCCUUCUCAGCCCUUUUUUCAAGCCUCAGAUUUCUGCCCAUGAUCUACAUAGAUUUGGAAACUGUUUGCCUCUGUUUUGGUCUCUUGGGCAACAUUUGGCUCAAGUUUGGGCAUUUUGGCAGUAGCUGGAUGGGAGAAAAAGAGGAAGAAGAAAUAUCCCACAGCUGUGGGGGUAAAAGGCCACCUUGUGCCUACACUGGGGCUGCCUGGUGACUCCCAGGUGAGGCUAAGGGCUUUCUGGCUAUCUCGGGGCAGGGCCACCAGGUGCCUCCCCUAGGCUCUAUAUUCCAUCACCUUCCUCCUCUGCUCUGGGUGGUAAAGGAGGCCCUUCUGGUUCCCACAGGCUGUAGUACUGCAUGACAGACGCAGGUAUAUCACAUACAAAAAUAUUUGAAAUUUAUUUUUCUAAAACCAAUGCAGUUUUGAUAUAGUUACAAUUUUGAAAUAUUAACUGGGGCUCAAAACCACCACCCAGCCUUUCUGUCAAGCCUAUCUACGCCCCUCCCAUGUCUCAGUGUUGCCUGCAUUUCUCCCAGGACUUAGGGGUGGAGUGAAAGGGUACAGAACGUACGUGAAAGGUCUCCUGGGGUACACAAGUCCACCAGAGUCCUGAGUGAGGCUUUGGGCCCUCCAAAUUCUGGUUUAUAGCAACCUCGCUCUACCCUAAUUCUCCAGGUUCACUUCUGCCUUCCUCAGGUUUGGUAUCUGGCAGGUUUGACUACCCAGAGGAAAUUAAUUAUUUUUAUAUCAAAUGAAAUUACAAUAAAUAUUGCCAAAUGCUUUCUUU